UGAGAUGAUGUUUGCACAAGAAGUCAAGGACGGCUCAUAGCUCCGUCUUCAAAGCCUUCAAAGGUGUCACCACAACACAGUCUGACUGUUAGAACAAGAAAUUGCGAGAAAACACGAUGAAACGGACGUCAAGACCGAGGAGUCUUAUAGCGCCACAAUGGUUGCUGGCAGUUUCCCUCCCUUUCCUUGCUUUGACACAAGCCCGAGCUCCUUGGAUUAAUCAUGCGCAAUCUGCACUGCCACUGCAGCGUCAUUGGUGGGGACGAGUUACAAGAGGAGGAAGCUCUAUAUCAGAAGCAAACAGACAUGCAGAGACAAUAUCAUCCGAUACCACUAGUACUGAAGAUAAUACCCAUCAAAGCAACAACAAUGACACCCACAGUCAAAGCAAUGCCACCACUACUGCUGCCAACCAGACGAUUGUAGAAGCAUGGAAACAAGAAUUGCCGCCACCGUUAUGUUUCAAAUCCACCAAAACACUACAACGGAUCUGUGUCCCUUAUCAAAAUCAUGUGGCCGAAAUCUACCUCUUGGGGACUGCUCAUGUCAGCAAUGAUUCGUCUCGCGAUGUCAAGUUACUGCUAGAAACCUUGCAUCCCGAUGUCAUCUUUGUGGAACUCUGUGAACAACGAACGGCAUUAAUGGAAGAUCCACCCGAUAUUUUGCUACCAACAAACAACAACAACACUAAUGACGACAAUACUACUACUACCAAACUGUCCUUUUCUCAAAAAGUAAAAGAGCUGCAACGGCAUACCCAAAAUUCCAAGUUGCAAUGCAUGGCAACGGUAUUGCUGACCAGCACGCAAGAAGAAUAUGCCGAAUCCCUAGGGGUCGAAUUGGGAGGAGAGUUUCGAGUGGCAUAUCAGUACUGGAGAUCCAUGCGAACAUAUAAAGGACAACGGCGCCCCCAUUUGAUUUUGGGAGAUCGACCAUUGGCCAUUACGCUGGCGCGGUGUUGGGAAUCCUUGUCCUUUUUUGGCAAAAUCAAAGUAUUGAUUGGCUUGUUACUGAGUUCCUUUCACAAACCUUCGCCAGAAGAAUUGAGAGCCUGGAUUCAAAAAAUCAUGGAUGAUGAAACCGAUUUGCUCAGUUCUAGUUUGGAAGAACUGCGACGACAUUUCCCCAGUCUGGAACGAGUCAUUAUCCAAGAACGAGAUGCCUACAUGGCCUGCAAACUGUACCAAUUGUGUCGAGGAAUGCUAGUGUCGGCAGUCAAACAACAGCAACAACAACAACCUUCGUACGGUGGCGAUAAUCGCAUUGUCAUUGCUGCCCUGGUAGGGGCGGGGCACGUUCCUGGGAUCUGCGCUUGGUUGACUACCAAGGACCAUCCAGAGGGUCCCGAAGCUAUACUGGAUGGACUCAUCGCGACGAAGAAGUUUGCGAAUGAAGAUUUGAGUCCAUUGGUGUAUGAUGUCACGGAACUACAAGACAUGCCACAGUCGCAGCAGCAAUAAGAACGGUAGUGCGAUGUGUAAAACUUUUAAAAUCAUCAAUCAGCUAGUCUAGACUGCACCAAACCAUGUUGCUGCGUGGCUUGUAAUUGUGAAUGGCUGAAGACAAUGAUGACAGAAGCGAAAUGUGUACAAACGGUGGAGACCGAUCCUUUUCAUGGGUUAGACUUCCCAUCUCAAUUUGCAGAGUCAGAUGAUCAACAGCAAUUUCAGUGCCAAUUCGUAGUCUACAGGCAGUACUUUUUCCCUCGUCCUCGGAGCUCCUUUCUAUCUGCCAUUUAGUUGGACCACUUGCAAAAUUAAAAGGAUUGACGAGUCACUGAACUUCUUCUAGACUACAGCCCAUCGAUGAAGACCUCUAGCUAGUAGAGUACCACUGGUAGGUGGUCCAGUUUUGUGGGUGGGUGGGUUUUCG